CGACAACUUCCAGAGACCUGCGAAUGGCACCAAUAUCUCGAGAAAAAAGAAGCGAUCGCGAAUGACUAGCUAUGUCCCGCAACCGUUACGGUGGUUUUGGGGAGGACCCGUACACCAACGGUAAUGGCACUGGAGGAUAUGGUUCACCCAUCAGAGAGACAGACGACUAUGAUCCUUAUGGCAACGACUAUGGUGACCGAUAUGGCACUCCUUCAAUCCCCACAAACUCUACUCCUGCGACGAGAAACCAAUACUCCCGUCCGAGACGGGCACCCGAGAGCAAGGCAGAGAAGGAGAUAGGUGUCGUUCUGGAACACAUCAAGUCGGAUUGGCCUGCUAUGUGCCAGAAUGAAUGUUUGCCGGUCCAUGUUGCACUCCAGCUUCUAGACACAAGUUCUGUUGGAAGGGCACACGAGUACCGUGAAUUUGAGAGGACACACAGAUAUUUGCAGGAGUCGCUGAAAGCCAUCGUUCACGAACACCAUCAAGGGUUCAACAGCUCAAUUGGUACCUUUCACAAGAUUCAGUCGAGCAUACAAGCAUCCCAAAAGCGGGUACGAACAUUAAAAGAGUCUUUGGGACAGUCUAAAGCGAGUCUGGCAACGGCGGAUCCGGAGCUGAAGAAGUUAGCGAUAGGAUCACAAAACUACGAUGACUUAAUACACACACUCUCAGAAAUUGAGGAUCUGCGGCUGGUACCAGACCAGCUGGAGGCAAGAAUAUCCGAGAAGAGGUUUCUGACAGCGGUGGAUAUAUUGCAGACUGCCCUUCGGCGAAUCAGGGUUCCGGCAUUGGAUGAGAUUGGUGCUUUGAACGAUCUAAGGAGCUAUCUCACAAACCAGGAGACUGCUUUGACAGAUAUCUUGAUUGAAGAGCUCCAUGAUCAUCUCUAUCUGAAAUCACCCUAUUGCCAAGAACGAUGGCAGACUCUUGCGAAAGAACAGGGAGCGCUAGGGAGGGAGAAGACCGACAAAGCGGCUUCUAUACGCCCAUUCUAUGAGGUGCUGGAUACAAUGGAUCUCACCGAGCAGAUAGUGGAGGACCCGUCCAGGAACCCGGAGGCAGACACCUUUUAUUAUAUUGAGUUAUUGGUAGAGUCACUGAACAAGCUCGGUCGACUCGAGUCAGCUGUGAAUACCAUCAAACAGCGACUGCCAGUCGAACUAUUUGGCAUUGUCAAUGAAACCAACGGCGAGGUUGAUCAGAAGCAUCCCAGCUCUUUGCGAGGUGGAUUAUCGCAGACUCAAGGCAACCAAGCAUUUGGCGCUCGCGAGAACAAUAUUCGUGCAGAUGUCAUAUACGAUCUUCUCUGGACACUCUAUGCCAAAUUCGAAGCUAUUGCGGAAAGUCACCGGGUGCUCAAUGAUGUUGUGAAGGCUAUUGUACGGAGGGAGGGCGUGACAAACUCAUCAGCGCUGCUUGGAGGUUUCCGAGAGCUCUGGAAUUUGUAUCAGAAUGAGAUUCGGUCAUUGUUGCACAACUAUGUCACUACCGAUGCGGAUGUGUAUCAAUUCAACUCCUCACCGAAGCUUGGAGGCUCGAAACAAGACUCAAAGCGAGAAACCCUGUUCCAGUUUGCCGAUGCAGAUUCGAAAUCCGUCCAGAUGACUACGGAAUAUCAAGAGCUGGAAGGAAUCAUAAGAGCCGCAGUUCCAGGUCUCAUGUCAGGCCGAAAGCAAGGCCCAGAUGGCAAAAAGCUUCCCAACAGGAUGGAGAGCACCAUUGAGCGUCAUGGAUCGCGACGGAUUGCUAGCACUGCAUUUGAUGCCAAAAAUGGUGUUAUCGGAGCUCACAAGUCAUUAGUGGAGCCCAGUGUCUUCAACAUGAGCUUGCUCUUGCCGCCAACUCUCGGCUUCUUACAGAGGCUGAAGAUCAUAGUGCCGCCAGGCUCUGAUCUUGUUACCAGUACUCUGACCUCUUUCCUGGACAACUUCCUCCUCAACGUCUUUCUUCCCCAGCUCGAUGAGACCCUGGGAAAACUCAGUGAUUCGGUCUUCGAAGAGUCCGACUCUUUCCAACAGGAUCCUCAAUGGUCAAAGGUUGCUCGAAGGCCCGUAUUCAAAGGGACUUCUGUAUUCUUCGCCCUCAUCACCGCAUUUUGUCGCAUGCUGGAUACAAUACCUCAUGACCAAGCUCUCAGCCAGCUCAUCAUCACUCAAAUGAUGCGAUACUAUGAUCGUUGUUGCGAUUGGUUCAGAUCACUUGUAUCAAGAGUUCGGGAUUCGGACGGCACAACCCUCAAGCUUUCGGCAUCACUAGCUCAAGGCCCAGGUGAUAUUCACGACACGAUGCAGAAGCUUUGGACCUCAGAGGAAGCCGAUCGACAGCAGCUGGAAAAGGAGACAGGUCUGCUCAUAUUGCAGACAAACGAAACCCCCUUACGAUUAGAUGACAUUAUUCAAGAUCGCGAGGUCAUCUCUUCCUUGUGUGUUCUCUACACUAGUAUGAAAUGGCUUGCUAUCAAAAUCGAACAGCUUCGUCACAUCACUCGCAACGACGCAGACUCUUCUCGCACCAAUGCCAAGCCGGCAACUAAACGAUGGACACUGUUGAAUGAUGUUACCAGAGCCCAAGACGACCAAGUUCCUGUCUACCUACCAAUGACACAGGAAACGGUAGUCGCCUUUGACUCUAUCGUCUCUUCUUACCAGGAGCUGGCUGGCACUGUUCUUUUGACCCUCCACAUGGAAGCGAGGUGCCAGAUAGUCCAGUCCUUGGCCAUUGCCUUAUCACCCGAAUCUGCCCCCUACUUGCUCGAGCAAGAAGUGAAAGACUCAGAUCCCAAAAUAUUGAGCCUCAACGCUAAUCUAGUCUCCUACGAUGAGACAAUUGUUCGUUUCCUCCGCGAAAAGGAGAUCUCAUUCAUUCGCACCGGUCUCGGUCUGCUUAUUGAUAGCUUCCUCGUCACCAACGCCGGCAUGGUAAAAGCCAUGAAUGCGCAUGGUUGUGGAAGGAUGCAACUCAAUAUCUUUGUUUUGCAGCAGAAUAUUAAGAACAUCGAGUCGGACGUUGAGUUAGAGCGGGCCGCAAAGUUCUUCGACCUCUUCAUGUCAGGGCCAGACGCGGUGGUCAAGCAAGCUAAGGAUGAGAAAGAGAGCGGCAAUGGUGGGAAAGAGCUCUUCAGUUACGAUGAGCUAAAGACGCUGGUAGAGCUAUGCUACAGUGAGAAGCUUUCCAGCCCCGAGAGAGGUAUCAGCAGCGUGGCGAAGAGAGGUAUGGGCGAGCAUCUACUUCAGUUGAGCGAAUACAUGUGGCAGAGUUAGGGGGUCUGUAUGAUAGUCGAUCUCGUGCAUUUGGCGUGGAGUCAAGGGGGAUGAAUUGGGAUAGCGGGGGCGACCUCCACAAAUAGAGGCCAAUGGCUGGCUGUAUCAAAAGGCGUCCUGGAAUCGAUCCAACUGGAUACAAUUGAUCCUGACGUACAUCGUGAAUGUUCCGAAUUCUCCGGGUAUAAAUUCGAUGACAGUUAUCGAUAUCUCCGAGUGCCAUCGAGAAGAUCGACAUUUGGGUGGCG